GCUUGUGUUUGGUCCUCCGACAGGGCCUCCCAGCACCUUCAGGGCAUGAGAGCUGCAUCUGCCGGGGUAGUUUCAGCCCAGACUUUCCUGAUGGGCUGGAAUCUAUGAGGGCUCCCCGCUAAGAGCCACCCAGGCCCACGAGUGAGUCUCAGCCCUCCCAGCCCUGAAGGUGGGAGAUGCCGGGGAAAUCUCUGCUUGCAGGGCCCUAGGAAGCCACAGGCCCAAGGCUGCCCCAAAUCUCUGUGCAGGCCUGGGACAGAGAAGCCGAGGCUGGGGAACCUGUGGGGCCCCACUGACCAUUCUUGCAGACACACAUGCAGUGGCUGAGGUCUCCUCCGACGCUGCGCACGCAAGUCCUAACCUGCAAGUACUAAAUAGCACCACCUUCCUUUCCUUUCUGUGGGCAGCAGUUUCAAAUCCUAAACCCCCGAAGUGCUGGAAGCCACGACGGCCCUUGGCAGGUGCUGAGAAUGGCUGCUCCUGUGUGGUGCCCCCUGUUAGGGUGUCUGGGGGGCGUAGGAGGCUUCCUCCUCCAGAGGCUUCCCAGGCCUUGACACAUGCAGUGUGAUUUUUGGCUUUUUGGUUUUUUGUUUUGUUUUUUGGAGCUGCGGGAAGGGGGCGUGCAGAUCUUCCAAGAGGGCGGGAGAGUGUAGACCCUCCUCCUGGAAACCGCUCCCCAUGUCCACACUCUAGUUCCACGCAGCCUCUCUGUAGACCCCAGAGCAAGAGCCCCUAGGCCAGACAGGGUGACACUGGAGCGGCUCAAAGAGCAUCUGGUCCCACCCCUUUAUUUCACUCACAAGGAAGUCGAGACCCAGAGAGGGGAAGUGACUCUCCCCAGAACAGGCUGACAGCCAGGCCUGGAGGAGAAAUGACAUCUCUCAGCCCUCUCAGCUGCACGGACCACCAACAGUUGUGAUUCAAUGGGCAUGAAUUGCUGUGUGAUGCUGGGGAGGUGUUUGUGAUUCUUGACAAAGUCAUUUGAAUCCAUCACUUCAAGAGAGUGAAAGGAGCCCUGUCUGAUCUGUUGGUGUUGUAGGAAGAAACAUGAGUCAGCAAAACACCAGUGGAGACUGCCUGUUUGACGGUGUCAACGAGCUAAUGAAAACCCUACAGUUUGCAGUCCACAUUCCCACCUUCGUCCUGGGCCUGCUCCUCAACCUGCUGGCCAUCCAUGGCUUCAGCACCUUCCUUAAGAACAGGUGGCCUGAUUAUGCUGCCACCUCCAUCUACAUGAUCAACCUGGCGGUCUUUGACCUGCUGCUGGUGCUCUCCCUCCCGUUCAAGAUGGUCCUGUCCCAGGUACAGUCCCCCUUCCCGUCCCUGUGCACCUUGGUGGAGUGCCUUUACUUCAUCAGCAUGUACGGAAGCGUCUUCACCAUCUGCUUCAUCAGCAUGGACCGGUUCUUGGCCAUCCGGUACCCACUCCUGGUGAGCCACCUCCGGUCCCCCAGGAAGAUCUUUGGGAUCUGCUGCACCAUCUGGGUCCUGGUGUGGACCGGGAGCAUCCCUAUCUAUAGUUUCCAUGGGAAAGUGGAAAAAUACAUGUGCUUCCACAACAUGUCUGAUGAUACCUGGAGCGCCAAGGUCUUCUUCCCACUGGAGGUGUUUGGCUUCCUCCUUCCCAUGGGCAUCAUGGGCUUCUGCUGCUCCAGGAGCAUCCACAUCCUGCUGGGCCGCCGAGACCACACCCAGGACUGGGUGCAGCAGAAAGCCUGCAUCUACAGCAUCGCAGCCAGCCUGGCUGUCUUCGUGGUCUCCUUCCUCCCAGUCCACUUGGGAUUCUUCCUGCAGUUCCUGGUGAGAAACGGCUUUAUUGUAGAGUGCAGAGCCAAGCAGAGCAUCAGCUUCUUCUUGCAAUUGUCCAUGUGUUUCUCCAACGUCAACUGCUGCCUGGAUGUUUUCUGCUACUACUUUGUCAUCAAAGAAUUCCGCAUGAACAUCAGGGCCCACCGGCCUUCCAGGGUCCAGCUGGUCCUGCAGGACACCACGAUCUCCCGGGGCUAACGGAAGGACAUCCUGUUCAGGGGAAGAAAGCCCUGGCCCUGAAUUCUGGUAACGGAUAUCGCGUUCCAGGGUUUUGAUGUGGUGGGAUGAUCCGCACCAUCUUCACUGAUGUGCUUCCCUUUGAUGCCCAUUGAGUGCCAGCUUUGCUCAUUAUACCCCAAAGACCUUUUUUCCACUGCCCAGACAGCUUAUACCACCCAGUGUUCAGGGGUCUCUGAAGAACCCACAGACCAGGUGAAUUACUGAUUUCUAAGUCCAAAAACUAUAGAGCAGAAGAAUUGAGAAAGAGAAUGAGACCAUGUCAACAAGGCUGUUUCCAACUCUCCCCAUUUUCCUGUUCGACUGGGAGGUUCUGGAAAGAAAGAGAGAGAGAGAAAGGAGGUAAAGGAGGGAGCCAAGAGAGUCAGUUAUGGGGGAGAGUGUCUUGGGCAGAGGUGGGGUGGUAGGGAUGAGUGAAGCCCCUUUUUAGUUUGGGUGUCCCAGAACAGAGCAGAAUUGCAUUUUCCAGUCCCUUCUGGAACUGUGUUGCCAAAAGCCUCACUGAGAUGACAGCAAGAAGGGGUGGUGUUGGGGCUGGGCAAGUAGCAUGGAUCACCCCAAGUUUCCAGUGAGCCUCAGAAAGGUGAAGGAAGCCAGCCACACCUUUCCGUGCCCGUGAGAAGACUGCAGAAUGACUGAGUGGGGUGUUGAUGACAUCCAAGAGCCAUGAGGGGGGAGAGGAAAGGACACUCCUGGGGAAGGAAGAAGACAGGCCCAGGGCUGGAAGCACACAGCCCCUCCCCCAUCACCAUCAGGGUGUCCACAGCACGGAGUGUUGGUGCUGGCCCAGGGUGAAGAGAGACAGUGAGAGACGGCCUGGGAGCGGGGAGACCCCUGACCUGCUUUCUAUCUUAAACAGACUGGGAAGUUGCUCAUUACAGCUAGCUUCCUUGAAAACAAUGGCAAAGAAUCAGGCCUGCCUUGGUUCCACCAUAGGAGGGUGGAGGAGGUGCUGUCUUACUCACCUGCAUCCUGGCUGGGCAGCUGGCACCCGUGGCACUGCCCAUGGAGCCGUCCCUCCCUGGCAGCUGGGAGGGAGAUGAGGCAGCUAGGCACAAGGGUGUGGCCUUGAGAAAGAAGGCAAGGGGGGUCCCUGCAGGUCCCAGGAAACUGUAAACAAUUGAGUCACGCCUGGAUGGCUUCUCAACGGAUCUGGAGGAGGAGUGCAAGUGACAGCGGAAGCCUCCCAAUGACUCAGCUGCUCCGGAGAGUGAAAUGAUGAGAAGGAUCCAUUGUGGGGUGGUUUUGCAUGACAGAGCGAGUGGGAUGAGGAGUAACUGAUGAGACUUCAUGUGAGCAAGGUCUUCAGGAGGAAAAGCAACUGAGGUGGAUGGAGGGAAGGGUGAGGAAGAGAGCGUCACUGAAGGGGUGGAAGUGGAUGUGGAGGAGUGACCAGACCAGAACAGACCAGACCAGACCAGACCAGACCAGACCAGAGGGAUCGGAGGCUCAGGCCCCAUGGGCUGGGCCUCUAAGAACCACAGCCACAGAGUCAGGCUCUGCAGACCCAGAGGUAAGGCUGCCUGGCUGCCCCAAGCCCCAGACACUCCUCUCCUUGCCUGCAGGCUGCCCUCUCCCAUGGCCACCCUAGACAGAGACACCACCCGUGAUACUCUGAGGAAGCCAGACUUUCGCAUGCAACAGGGCAUUUGGGGCUGGUUCGGGUCAGUGUCCACGGGUGGUGGAUUUGGUGACCACCCUCCUCCCACUUCUUUCUCUGCACGAGGAGUUGGGAGCCUGCCUGGUGGAGCUGAGUGAUGCCCGUCAUGUGCACUUUGGUCUACCAAUGUGCUCAAGGCCAGAUGGGCUUCCUAAGAGACAAGGGUGGGUGGACCUAACCACCUAUCAUCCCCAGCGAUGUUCAAACAUAAAAUCAUAUCUAUGUGCAGCAUGACUCUCUCCAGGUGACAGAAAGGGCUCUAGACAGCUGAGAGGAACUGAUCAUGUAGGGAGGGAUGGGGAGGGGAGCCAGGACCCAGGAGCUGCAUGACUGUAAGAGGAAGGUCCUUGGAGGGUAUCAGCAGUCUCAGUGUGAUGUGACAACUAUGGACCUGUGGGUGUGCCCUGGGGACCCCUGACCCAUCCCAAAACACUGUGGAAAGAAGCGCCUCUUCUCCGUGGGGACCCGUGUCUGUGGGAGCGGGCACAGGUCCAUGCUGCAGGCCACUACGGCUGCUCGGCAGGAGGGCCGAGAGUUUGGACCCACAUAGCUGCAACCCAAGCUGGCCCAUAAUCAGCGGUGGGGCCCAGCAGCACAGGAGGGGCGGACGGUUAGCAUUGGAAAAAAUGACUUGAUUAAUCUGAUUCGCCAAAUAAAUAGAUUCAUGU